GGGAAACUGAAGGUGCUUAAAUAGAAGCAAGAACGAAAGCCUUGUCUCAGUGUAAAAUAUCUCCCUGGAGCUGACCUAAAGGAUUCUGAGAGGCACAUAGGGAAUGGAGAACCUGGAAGUCUUCACGUCUGAGGACAAAGGCCGGGGUCUGAAGGCCACUAAAGAGUUCUGGGCUGGAGAUGUCAUCUUUGCUGAGCGGGCUUAUGCUGCAGUGGUUUUUGACAGCCUUGUUAACUUCGUGUGCCACACCUGCUUCAAGAGGCAGGAAAAGCUCCACCACUGUGGACAGUGCAAGUUUGCCCAUUACUGUGACCGCACCUGUCAGAAGGACGCUUGGAUGAACCACAAGAAUGAGUGCUCAGCCAUCAAGAGAUAUGGCAAGGUGCCCAAUGAGAAUAUCAGGCUGGCCGCAAGGAUCAUGUGGCGGUUGGAGAGAGAGGGCACUGGCCUCACGGAAGGCUGCCUGGUGGCAGUGGAUGACUUACAGAACCAUGUGGAGCACUUCAGCAAGGAGGAGCAGAAGGCAUUGCAGGGUGAUGUGGACACUUUCCUGGCCUACUGGCCUCCUCAGGGCCAGCAGUUCAGCACACAGUAUAUGUCACACAUCUUUGGAGUGAUUAAUUGUAAUGGCUUCACUCUCAGCGACCAGAGAGGGCUACAGGCGGUGGGUGUGGGCAUCUUCCCCAACUUGGGUCUGGUGAACCAUGACUGCUGGCCCAACUGCACCGUCAUAUUUAACAAUGGCAAUCAUGAGGCAGUGAAAUCCAUGUUUCACACCCAGAUGAGGAUUGAGCUACGAGCCCUGGGCAAGAUCUCAGCAGGAGAAGAGCUGACUGUGUCCUAUAUUGACUUCCUCAGCAUCAGUGAAGACCGCAAACAGCAGUUGCGGAGGCAGUACUACUUUGAUUGCACAUGUGAACAUUGCCAAAAAGCACUCAAGGACGACCUCUUCCUGGGGGUGAAAGAAGACCCCAAGCCCUCUCAGGAAGCUGUGAAGGAGAUGAUACAGUUCUCUAAGGACACACUGGAAAAGAUUGACAAGGCUCGCUCUGAGGGUUUGUACCAUGAGGUGGUGAAAUUAUGUCGGGAGUGCCUGCAGAAACAGGAGACCAUAUUCUCUGACACCAAUCUCUACAUGCUGCGAAUGCUGAGUAUCGUUUCAGAGGUCCUCUCUUACCUCCAGGCCUUUGAGGAGGCUGCUCACUAUGCCAGGAGGAUGGUGGAUGGUUACAUGAAGCUUUACCAUCCCAACAAUGCCCAACUGGGCAUGGCUGUGAUGCGGGCAGGGCUGACCAACUGGCACGCUGGUAACAUAGAGGUGGGACAUGGGAUGAUAUGCAAAGCCUACGCUAUUCUCCUGGUGACUCAUGGACCCUCUCACCCCAUCUCUAAAGACUUAGAGGCCAUGCGGGUACAGACGGAAAUGGAGCUGCGCAUGUUCCGUCAGAAUGAAUUCAUGUAUCACAAGAUGCGCGAGGCUGCCCUCAACAACCAGCCCAUGCAGGUCAUGGUCGAGCCCAGUAAGGAGCCAGCUCCUGCCUUGUUCCACAAGAAGUAA